AUCAUCAUCAAUUAAUUAAAUAAUGGGUCGGUUGUUAGUUUUGGUGUCGGCGGCCCUGCUGGUUCUAUCGGUGGCGGUGGGUGUGAGCGGUUAUCGUAUGGGACAUCCCUUCAAAGUGAGGGGCAAAGUUUACUGCGACACCUGCGGACGUGGCUUUGAAACCAACGUCACUACCUACAUCCAAGGUGCUACGGUUAAGAUUGAGUGCACGGAUAGGGAGGGUUUGAAAGUGAAGUACUCGGUGUUGGGGUUGAGUGGGUUGGGAGGAGAAUACGAGAUGACCAUCCAAGGCGACCGUGGCGAUGACAUUUGCGACGCCGUCCUCGUCAGCAGCCCCUUGACUGACUGCGACGAAAUUGAUACCCGCCGAUCAAGGGCCUCAAUCAUCCUCACCCGUUCUAAUGGACUCAGCUCCGACGUCCGUCCUGUUAACUCCAUGGGUUUUCUUCUCAAACAGCCUUUGCCAAUAUGCGCCACCAUGUUCCUAGACACUGAUCAAUAAAAUCAUCAUCAUCAUCUCAACACCAAACAAAUUCUACUCACUCAUCUCUCUUGUCUUCUUGUCUGUUUCUCAUAGAUUCAUAGUUUAUUGUAUGUUUUCUUUACUUUCAAUUAUCUAAAUAUAACUUUUUGGAAGCUUACUCAGCAACCAAACAGUACUAGUACUACUACUACUUAUUAAUAAAUUAAUCCAAAAUUUGAGAGGACCAUCCAAAUUUCAAUAGUAAUGUACUGGGCCUAAAACCC